GCAGACUGUGCUCUUUGAAUUUUGAACUAUAACCUAUUUUUAGAGUGCUCUCCCUUAACUGAAAUGCAUAGCAACAACAGUUUCUUUUAAAGAUGGAUGACAUUCUGCAAUACACUGGUAGCAGUUAUGAUGGAGAAUACAACAAUGGCAGGAUGGAAGGUAAAGGAACAUAUGGCUUUCCCACAGAAACAAGGUAUGAAGGAGAAAUGAAAGAUGGUAUGUUUCAUGGCAAAGGUUCUCUCUUCUUCCCCAAUGGUAGUAGAUAUGAGGCUACAUGGGAAAAUGGAGUAGCAAUUGAGGGCAAAUACACAUUUGCUGAUGGUCUAUUGUUUGAAGAAGAAGAUUGGAAAUAUUGUGAUGGUUAUGAUAGAAGAUUCUAUACAGAGAUCACUGGAAACUUGCGUCCAGCGGGACAUGAGUCACUUGUGAACAAUGAACCUCGACAUGAAAUACCAGAAGGUCAUUAUGACUGUGGGGAUGGCUUCUAUAAUCCUAAAACAAGAGUAGUUGUUGACUACAACCUCAAGUUCCUUCGAAAUGCAGAUGAAGAUGAGCACACUUGGAUUAUUAAAACUUGCCUCAAGGGCUGGGAUGAGUAUAUUGGUUUUACGCCCAAAGUCAAUGCAUGAGCAUGUGUACAUCAGGAGACAGUAAGAAUAGGCUGAACUCAUUCCUUUUGAUUGGUAGUCAUAGUGCUUCAGUAAACUAUAAGUAGCAUGGACUAUUAUUGUGACAACAGACAAUAAAUUCCUAGGUUUUUCUCUGGACUCACCCAAUUGGUUUUUAAUGCUUUAGCCCAAUAGUCAGUAAAUACCAUAGUCUUUCAUUAGACCCAAAGUGUUAGUUCUUAAAGCCCUCAAGGCAACAGAAAGUAAAUAAUUGAAGUCUUUCCCUUGACUCAAACAAUGAACUCUUGAUGCUUACAAUGUACUCAUUCCAACUUUGAGAUAUUGAGAAAGUAAAUUAAAAGAAGUCAUUGCUCAGUGGAUUGAAACAUCAUGGUCAUUAGUUCAUUUUAUAAAACAAACACCAUGUUGCAAAAGUUCAAGUUACUUUAAAAGAAUGCUACAUUAAAGAUUUUGUGAAAAAAAUAUUCUAAAAAAAAAAAAAAAAAAAAAAAAAGAAA